GAGCGGCCAGCGGGCGGGCGCUCGCUCCGCCCCCUCCCGGCCCGCCGCGCCGGCUCCCGCCUCCUUCUCUCUCCACUCGCUCCCGCCUCCCUCCCUUUCCGCUGCUGAGGCGGCGGGAGCCGAGCCCGAGCGGACCGAACCGUGGCCGCAGCGGGGCGGCGGGUGCAGAGGCGGCGGCGGCGCUGGUGCGGGAAGUCAGUCUGUCGUCGUCUCCGUCGGCAGCGGCGGCGGCGGCAAUGCGGCGGCCCUGCUGAGCCCUCCAGCUCCGGGCGCCGGGAGCCAGCCGCGCGAGGCGGCUCGGGCCGGGCGGCAGCAUGCGGAGCGGCGAGGAGCUGGACGGCUUCGAGGGCGAGGCCUCGAGCACCUCCAUGAUCUCGGGCGCCAGCAGCCCGUACCAGCCCACCACCGAGCCGGUGAGCCAGCGCCGCGGGCUGGCCGGCCUGCGCUGCGACCCCGACUACCUGCGCGGCGCGCUCGGCUGCCUCAAGGUCGCCCAAGUGAUCUUGGCCCUGAUCGCAUUCAUCUGCAUAGAGACCAUCAUGGAAUGCUCCCCGUGUGAAGGCCUCUACUUUUUUGAGUUUGUGAGCUGCAGUGCGUUUGUGGUGACCGGAGUCUUGCUGAUUCUGUUCAGUCUCAACCUUCACAUGAGAAUCCCCCAGAUCAACUGGAACCUGACAGAUUUGGUCAACACUGGACUCAGCACUUUCUUUUUCUUUAUUGCUUCGAUCGUACUGGCUGCUUUAAACCACAAAACCGGAGCAGAAAUUGCUGCCGUGAUAUUCGGCUUCUUGGCAACAGCGGCCUACGCGGUGAACACGUUCCUGGCCGUGCAGAAGUGGAGGGUCAGCCUCCGGCAGCAGAGUGCCAACGACUACAUCCGCGCCCGUACUGAGUCCAGAGACGUGGACAGCCGGCCUGAGAUCCAGCGCCUGGACACUUUCCUACCUUCCCUGAAUAUGCCGAGGCUGGACUGCAGAUUUUCUGUCAUCUUACCUUCCCAGAUAAAAGCCACAGGAGAAAUACAGUCUGUCCCACCAGCCCGGACCCUUGCCCGUUUGCUGGCCUCACGGACCACAGGUGGGGACACGCCUCUGUCUCAAGGGUAUGUGCUGAUUUUCAAAUGCCUGAGAAGAGUUCUAGAGUGAAUUCUGAGUGGCUCCAUCUAGGAUUUGAAAACUACUUGAAUCUGCACCAUGACACCCCCUUUCACUGAUGUUUCGGAGGGUGACGACCCUGUACCUCAGGGUCAUAACUAUGAACGUCGAUCUUGGAGGCUGUUGGGGAACAUUCUAGUUCCGUAAGGUUUUGUAUGAAUUCUCGAUAAAGUGAAGAUUAUUGUGGUGUCUAAGUUACACAGGCCCCUGCAAUGCUGUAGUUUUUUGUUUUUUUCUGUUGGAGACUAAUUGUUUCUCUUACGGAAAAUUUGUUUUUACAUGUCGGGUUUUCACUCUUUGAACUGUCCUUAAUGUUUACAAACCUCACUCUAGCUCCAAUAUUUUGUGUUUCGCCCUCACCAAGGAAAAGAAUGCUCACUGCUGGUGGGAAGAUUUUCCAUUAAUGAGGAGAGUCCCAGGAUCUUGUGCUAGUGAGCGCUUACAGCUUCAGCAGCGGGCAGUGUCAUGAGAGAGGGGGUCUCGGGGAGCAGAGCUUGUGUGAGAAAUGUCCAGCCCUGCACAGGCUGGCAUUGCCUUCUGCAGAGCGGAGCGGCGUGCGAUUUCCUGCACGGGUGGCUUCAUCAGGUAGCACUGCUUAGCUGGGGACGCCACAGGAAAUGGUACUGGCCAUCUCUGAAGGGUCGGGGUUAGGGCUCCCUGAACCGAACAUCCUAUACAACUCAAGUUCUGCUGAAGUUCCUUUCUGGGGCCAUGACCCAGGCCACCUGUUCACGCCCCUGGUCUGGUCAGAGACCCAGCUUGUCUGGGGGUAACUGACCUCCCACUGUCCCCACCUAGGGCAGCCAGGCCUGGUCACGGCGGUCUGACUGAGCCCUCUUCCCAUGGAUGUUGUGAGGCAGUACAAACCAGGCUUCACAAACCUCAUACCUAUUAUGUGUAGUGACUUUUGAGGAGAUUAUGACAUCUGGAUUUUAUCUUUUCAUUUUAUAUAUUUAUUUUGCAUUUGUAGAGUGUAUAUGCUUUGUCAAAAUGGGGCUUAUUGCCCUCUGAGAAUUCCAUUUAAAAACAGGGUUACAAAGACUCAGUCUUGCAUCAAAUGGGGCCCACUUGGAAGGACCACCCUGAACUUUAUCAGAAAUCUUCUGGGAUUCAUAUUACUUGGCCUCAAUAAAAAGCUGCCUUUGAAGUGAGAUUGGAAAAAAGAAGACUCUUCAGGCGAGGGUUGUUGCCCAAGUUUUUCCAAGUCACUUCAAUAAAACCGGUUAUCAUCUGGCUCAGAGGAGUCUGUUGGUAUCCUGAGGAUGUGUUGUCAGCUCCAAGGAACGGUUCUGAAGCCCAUUGAAGUUGUACAUGCUGACAUGAUAAAAAGUGAUGACACCUUGUGCCAUAGGCCACUUAGGAAUUAAUUUACAUCUUAGUGUUAGAAUCUUGGAAUUAUUUAUGUCCCUGUAACUAUUUAAUGUCCUUUGUGCCAUGAGGCUCUCCCAUGGUUUUUGUAAAUAUAUUUCUUUAUAUUUAAUUAGCUCCCAGUAUAGCCGAAAGUGACCAGAUAUGCUGACUGGCGUACUGUAGAGUCAUAAGUCUUGUCACGUGGUGAGAAGGAAGGAAGGAAUAUGGUUGUCUAGUGUGAAUGGAAAGACACUCGCAUUUUCUUUAUGUUGUUUCUGUGUAUGAACAAGACAAUCUAGAUUUGCGGAGGCUUAAAAGGGCUUUUUUUUUUUUUUUUGCAAAUUGAAAUAAGCUUAUUUUUGCAUUUAAUAGUUGUAAUAUGGACCAGUGUCAGUUUGGUUUGGGGAAUUUUUAAGACUGAGGCAAUCUUAGUGUUUUUUAAUUUUCUGGUGGGAUGAUAUUGGCAUUCACAGUUGAUGCCCAGCUUGUAUACUUUUGAAUUUGUUCCUGGAGACUGGAUGGUUGAAACUCUCAAGCAUUUGGUGGAACCUCUGGUGGUUUUAGAUGGAUGCAAACACUGACGUCUUCAGAGACAGUUUAUCCUGGAAUCGAUCCAGUUGAUGUGGUAUUUUUUCUUUUCUCUGAUUCUCCUUUACCCUCCCUUCACGUUGCCGAAGACAUGGCAGGGGGAUGGGGCGCCUUACCCCUUUCAUACAGAGAGAUUCCAGUCACGAGAGCCUAAAGAUACUCGUCAGCUCUAUAUAAAGCCAGGGAAGGCACAGGCAGUUACAAAUUAAAACCUCACAGCAGAAGUUCUAUUUGUAGUAAAGGAAACAGAUUUUCACUCUGCAGCAAGUCAUUCAAGAGAGACUACCUUUGCCCACAGAAAGGCAAGAAUGUUGACGCCUGCCCAGUCCCAAUAUCCAUGUCUUCCUUGGCAGCUUGAACCAAAGUGCCAACGUGGACGGAGCCCAGGCUGGCUGCAGGGAAGCGGGGACCCAGUCUGGUUCUGGGGCUCGGCUCUGGGAGGUGGAUGUCACCCCCUACCCUUUGGGCACCAUCACCGUCCCUUGGCUAAAGGCUCCUUCCUGUGGGCAGCCAUGGAGUGCGUCUGACCCCACCCCAUGUCAGAGGCUUCCUGAGAGAGCUUUGUGACUCAGUUGAAAACAUUCCUAAUCUUUUAAAGUUUGCAGUUUCUUUCGUCUUUCUUUGAGGCUUUCGGAGUGACUCAGUCUUGGGUUGAGCCACAGGCGGCCUCUGAGGAGAUAAAGCACUAACUCUGGUCUGCACAUGUAUGUGAAUUCCUGCUUGCAGCAAAUGACCCUUGAAUACUCCCUCCAUAUGUCAUGUGUGUGUGGCCCAAGCUCACCUUUUCUCAUAGACUCACCUGUGCUGUUUGGGAAGGAACCCCUCGCUUCUCCCUGUGUUUAAGAGGUGGACCAAGUCCCUAAUCUCGGGCUCUGCAGGAUAUUCAGUGGGCUGUUCUUAGAAUCUGCCCUAACAGAGUGUGGAGACAACACGUGGCCACUUUAGUGAUUCUGGGAGGCAGUGGCGAUAUAAGUGGGUCCUGGUGUGCCACCCAUGUUCCAGACAAAGCAACCAUGAAGUCUUUGUGCCAAGGCCUGAUAGUCAUUUUCUGCACGUGUGGUUUACAGGAAAACAUGACACUAAGCAGAUAGCAAAAGGCGAAAACAACUCAGCUGAGGGCUGCUUCUAAAUUGACUGUCCCAACCACGUAAAAAAUGGCUUCCUGCUCUAGUGACUGCCAUUAGUGAGUGAGGUCUCCAGACAUGUUUCUGGCUCCUGGUGAAGUGUGCAGAACCCAGGGGCUCUCUUCAUCAGCACCCACUCCCAGGACCAGCUCAGUGACAGCUGAUGAGGAGGGAGCAGGGGCGGGUCUGGGAGGUGAGAGGAGCGGGGAGCAGGCCCAGACCAUCUGCUGAGGACCUGUCGAGAGCACUGGGCAUGGUUACCCACCCCGGCUGUGCUUGGUUAACUACCUCCUGUCCUCUUUGGAAAAGCGAGGUCUUGUAUUCCGGAACCCACUUGAGAGUGAGAGCCGAAUGUGGGGACCAGCGUGCCUGGGCACUGCUGGGCUCUUUGUGUGUUUGGGAACUCACAGGUGUGGACAGGUGACUCAGAUUCUGAUCUGGGGGCCCCCUCAGAGAGGACGCAGACCCGACACCGCCUGCCUCCAGCCGUGUAAACGUUCCUGGCUCUUUGUAAAAUCUUCAUUUCUUCUCCCCUCAGCAGAUAUAGCUGAAAUCGUAACUGUCUGGUUGAGAAGGUAAUUGGAAAUCUUUGUGGCUCUUUACAUUUCUUUUAUUUAGAAACCAUUUCUGCCCUCAAUAUCUGUUAGAUCUAGAAGAAUUUUUUUUCUCAAAGUUUAAUGUUUGUUUAGCUUUUCUUCAUACCAGUAAAUGGCAUUUAUGUACUUAUAGGCUUGAAACUCCCUUUUUUGGUUUAGAUUAUAUUCUCAUUUCAUUUGGAUGUAAUUUCUCAGCCUUAGGGAUUUAUUUUUUCCUUUCUUGUUUUUAUUAUUCUAUAAACAUUAAAAAAAAAUUACCCACCAGCCCGCUGAGUCUAAAUCAGUGGCAAUUUGCCUAAAGUUUCGUUUAUGGAUCCUUGAAUCAUGUGUCUUUUUCACAGGGUUAGUUUGUUGUCUAUAGUUUUUAUUCCAAGACUUCAGUCUGGGUGACUUGCUAUCUGGACAUCCUGGCGUGUCGUGUCUCCUUUGGAAUGCAUUCUACACAGGGCCGAGAGCCUUCAAGAAGGGGUUAAUAGCCUGGACUCUAGUGAGCUACAUCAGAACUUUCAUUUAGAGUAGGACCUUGUCUCAAAUGACCUUAAUCAGCUUUGCUGGCAGGAUUAGGGUGAGGCCCGAAGUUUCUUUUCACCAUUGCGCCUCAGAAGAGAGAAUGCGUGACACAAUUGAUUUGACGAGGGUUUGUACGGGAUUCAGUUAUAAUCUGAAACUAUCCAGUUUGAGUCAUCUUGGGAGGAUGCUGCUGAAACCCCGUAGGAAGCGCCCCUUGUAUCAAGACAGCCACCCGAAGGAACGGUCAGGAAGCGAGGACAGCGUGGGGGCCUGGUGCCCAGGCAGGCAGGGCCGCGUCUGGCUGCUUCCCUCUGCGGCCCGUUUUGCUUUCCUGCCUUUUCCAGAAUCGAUUUCCCAAGUUUCAGGACUUUGCUCUCCUCUCUGCAGAUGUGAGGAAGGCAGCUACUCGGGGCUUGGAGGGAACACUGACUGGUCCAAGGCCUCCUGGGGGAGCGCAAGGGUGGGACGCCUGCGCACCGCCCUCAUCCCCCUAGGACUGGCCCAGGCCCAAGGCCUCACCCGCUCCCAGCUCUGUCACUCCGUAACCUGUUUAAAAACGAGUUUUCAAACCCUGCCUCAUGAUGAAACUGACGUACGUGGAUAAAACCAAUGCUUCUCCUAAGCAAUAAGAGAACGCUAGGGGGUGAAACUGUUUGUAUAUGUUGAAAUUUGUAAGGGUUUAGGAACCCAUGGCAAAGACAGUUAGCUAUUUAUUACAAGUAUGACUGUACUUUUUCCUUUUCCCAAAGUAGGUAGUUGUGUCUUUGGAUAUUCUAAGACAAAUAAUAAUCACUUCACCUUGGUGCCUUCUGUGUCAGUCACAUAAACACUCCCGUCAAUCAUGGAAUUGAAAAAGAUGCACAUUUGGUUCAACAAGAUAACACUAUUUUUGUAGCAUGAUUUUAGAUUGUGUCCUUUUAAUAUUGCUUUCAGCAAUGCUAGUUUUGAGGUUUGGUCGUUUUCCCUUUAAAACUUCAUUAUGUAUUUUUAAAAAGAAAAAAAGAAAUCCAACCCCU